GGGAAGACCACAGAGAAGCUCGGCUUCUCGAUAGGCGCGCAGGUGGUUUGCCACCCCGAGGCCGGGUGGGAGCCAGGGGUCGUGGUCGACCACUGGUAUCCAGCUGAGGGGUUCAGGCCGAGCUUCCGCGCCCCCUACCAGGUGCAGCUGGACGACGAGGACGGCACCUUGAUUCGUCUCGCUACGCAGGGUGCACAUCCGGAGCACGUGCACGCUGGUCGUUGA